GCUGCCUGCCUGUGCUCUCGGCAAUCGUUCGCUCGGGUCUGGGCAGGAGAGAAGAUGGCGGGCUCCGGGAGCGCCGCGCUGGGCCGGGGGUUGGACAUUAGCCUGGCGGCUCUGAGGCGACAUGACCCGUAUAUCCAGGCUAUCGUGGAUGUGGCCAGCCAGGUGGCUCUGUAUACGUUCAGCCAUAAGGCCUGUGAGUGGGAGAAGACUGAUGUGGAAGGAACCCUGUUUGUGUAUUCAAGAUCUGCAUCGCCCAAACACGGCUUCACCAUCAUGAACAGGCUCAGCAUGGAGAAUCGGACCGAGCCAAUCACUAAGGAUCUGGACUUCCAGCUACAGGACCCCUUUCUGCUGUAUCGCAAUGCACGAUUUUUUAUCUACGGGAUUUGGUUUUAUGAUAAAGAAGAGUGCCAAAGAAUUGCUGAACUCAUGAAAAACUUAACUCAGCAGGAGCAACUGAAAGCCCAACAGGGAGCUGCCAGCGGAGUCUCUCCAAUGCCCCUGGGCACAGGGGAUGGGAAGGGGGCAGAUAUACUGCAGAUGUUAACCAAAGCCAAGGAUGAGUACACCAAGUGCAAGUCGUGCUCCGAGCCCAAGAUGAUCACCAGCUCAUCGGCCAUCUACACCAACCCCAACCUCAUCAAGCCCAUUGCUGUUAAACCCAGUGAGUCCCAGCCGGGAAAGGUGAGAGCGUUAGAGGCUGUGGAGUCAGAAAAGCAGCAUUUAUCUCUUACAGCUCUGUUCGGGAAGCCAGACAAAGCACAAGAGCAGAUGAAGCUUCAUUCCGAACCCGGCGCUGUGCGCCACUCGGUGGUCCGUUCCCUCUCGUAUGAAGAACCUGGGAAGGCGACGGAGAAUGUCGAGAAGCAGCUUUGCCCUGCCAUCCAGAAACUCAUGGUGGCGGGAAGUGGGCUGCAACCCGUCUCCGAGGUUCCUGAGAACAGGCCGUGCCAUAAUGGCAGCUAUCCCCCCGAUGGGGACAUCCUCCCUGGCCUGUUCAUCCCGGUGACGCACCAGGCUCCCUUUUCCAAUCAGGACUAUGAGAGCGGGAAAACUCUCUUGCAAACCCUUCACACAGCCCCAGUGGGGGGACCCAACGCCGACAUGGUGUCCUCGUGCGCUGCACACUCACUUAAUUACCACGACUGCUCUCUGCCGAACCAAAGGACUUCAGCCCCAAUGCCUCCAUUGCCUUUGUCUUCUCAACCUGUCAUGGCCUCUGGCACCAUCUCCCCACAGGAGCUGCUCAAGAAGCUAAAUCUGGUGCGCCAGGAGCAGCAAAUGCAAAGCAAUCCCAGGCCGGCCCUAGCGGCUAAAUUCCCGGUGGUCUCCCAGAGCGUGCCGAAAACAUCCUGGGUGGAAAAUAUUCCUCGGGCUGAGAAACAGAAUCUGCUCCUUCAGCAAGCCUCCUCUCCUCAGCAUAUCCCAGCCUCUGUGUCACCAGCACUGCUGAUGUCCCCCAUGGUAUUUGCCCAGCCAAGCCUGCAGACCAGGACAAAUGAAACAGCCAACCUCUCCCUUUGUACCAAAGAGCCCUCCAAUCUGCUCUUCCCCGCUGCAUUCCCAGAGAACCCCACGAACACCAUGAAUAGCUGGAACGGCGUCCUCACUAGGAGUCAGCUCCAGGAGACCCUGCUGCACCUUAUCCAGAACGACGACAGUUUCCUGAAUACAAUUUACGAGACUUACCUUUCGGUGCUAAGACGGGGGGGAACAGGCGGACGGAAGAUCUAAAUAUUUCCUACUCCGUGUAGGAACAUUCCUUUUGGAUAUUACAGGGUUCAUGCUUAGAUGCACAAACUAAUCCUUGGGGGGGGGGGGUUGAACCCAGCUUAUAGGCUUUACGGCAAAAUAGAAGGAACCAUUGGUAAUACAUUCCUAAAUCCAGUAUCUUGGGGAUGACGAGUAAAGGUCAACUAAACCCUUUUUUAAUUAAUAUAUGGGAUAUAAAGGCAGACGGGACGAACUGAGGAUGGGAGGAGAUCUAAUCUGGCAGAAAGUAAAGUAACUGCAAUAAUAAAGCAACUGCCAUUAAGGGUUUGUCCCAACUAGGCCCAACCUCCUCUAUGAACCUGCUCUGGGGUAGAUGAAUCUAGUUACCCCACAGUAUUACCCUGCUCUGGGGUAGAUGAAUCUAGUUACCCCACAGUAUUACCCUGCUCUGGGGUACAUGAGUCUAGUUACCCCACAGUAUUACCCUGCACUUUUAUUAUUAUACUUGGGCUGCUUUUCUUCCUAUGGUCAUGUCCAUGGGAAAGAGAGCAGCCCAUGAAAUAGGUGCAAUUAAAAAAUGGGCACUUCCUUCAUGGAAGCCUAUGUGGACUUACCUUUUAAUACCAUCCUUAUUUUAUUACCCCUGGAAAACAGCAGCCAUGUUUGUAUACAGGUGUGUAUUAGGCAAUACCCCCGCGGAUGAAUUUGGUGCAUCCCUAAUGUAACAUUUUACCCCAAAUUCCUCCUGUGUCACAUAGGUGAAACAGGGAUGUUUUAAAUGGGGGGGGGGGUCUUUUUUAUUGUAAAUGGGUGCAAAUCAGAGUUGUAUAUAUUUUUGCAAGAAAUCAGACUUUUUCUGCGCUUUUCAACACUUUUUGAAUGGAAGGCACUAUUUUUACAGCAUUUGUUUGAGGAGGCAGUGAUGGGGGGGGGGGGGGGGGUCUGUAACAUCACUUUACCUCAGCUUUCCUGUCCUGUUUUUUAUUUUGGGAAAAAUAAAAAAAAAAAUUCUAAAUGA